AUCCGGGGGAUAUCUCUCUGCAGGGAUGGCAGUGGGAGAUAGGCGGAUCCACAGAUCUGUGCGGUUUCCCCGAGCGCCUACGGUGGAGGCCGAAGCGGUGAACGGAGGUCCCAGGGCUCUGUGGCUUUUCCUUCUCGUCCACCUCGCUUCUAGGUUCAAGAUACCCCCAAGAGCCUGACUCGAGUUUUAUUUUAUUGCUGAGCUGGUCUCGUUUUCCCGUUAUAUGUAGACCGAUUCCAACCCCCCACCCCCCAUAUUUUCCGAGGGCCUCAAAAUCGGUUUUUAGUGAAACCGACUAUUUUCCUUCCUACAAACUAUUUUACCUUGUUUUUCUAAAUGAAGUAGACGGCCUUUAUUAGGGAUUCGGGCAGUUCUAGCUUAAAUCACUCACGUUUCACCUAAAUACAAUUCCUGAAAGCAAGGCCACGUCUCCCAUGUGCUGUCUGGCUCAUCUGCACCUCUCUUCACUGAUUGAAGAUGUAACAGGUGCUGAGGUGGCCAGUAAAAUUCCCCUUUCCCGCCUACACGUUCGUUAGCUUGGAGAGGAGGAAGAAAAUUGAAUCUUCAUACAUAUGGAAUAUUUAACAGUUUUAAGUGGGAUGCUAUAGAUAGACUUUGUGUUGGGGGGGCCUUAGAGUACUGAAAUAGUCUUAGAUUGGAAAAUUUAAGGAGUGUUUUGACGACUUGUUAAUACUAAAUAUAACAUGGACCAAGUGCUUUAUCAGAAUUGGUUGAUUUAUAAUGCAAUGAGGAAAAUUCAUGCAUUUAAUGAAGUUAUUAGGUACCUACUAUGUACUACGGGAGGCUUUGGGGAUAGAGCUUUUAAAUUCUAAAAUCGACAAGAGAUAAAUCCAGAUAUUAAUAGAGCUGUGACUAUUUUAAUAAUCAUGUAAAAGAGUGAUUAUGAGGGAGGCUACUUCACAUUGGUCAAGGAAGGACUCUCAGAGAAGGUGACAUUGGAGCAACAUCUAAAGAAGAGAAGGGACCAUCUGUGUCAAAGUCUUGGAAAAGAACGUUUCUUGCAAAAGGAAGAGCAAAUGAAAGGCGCUGUAGCAGAAGUAAUUGUGGUGUGUUUCAGGAAGAGAAAGGCCAUUGUGGCUGCAAGGAGCCUUGUGAUGAGGGAGAGAAUGUAAGAGAAGUUGGACAAGUAGGUAGGGGCCACAUCAUGUAUGGGAAGAUGUGAGAUGAUUUAAAGCAGACAAGGACUGAUUUAAUUUUGUUUUUAGUCUGCCUAUUUUGUAGCGACUGAGAGGACAAGAAUGGAAGUAAGGAGACUAUUCAGAAGGGUAUUGUAGGCAGAGAUGUGGCUAGUUUGCAUUAGAAUUUAUUGUAGGCAGAGAUGUGGCUAGUUUGCAUUAGAGUGAUGGUGGAGACAGGCAGAUCCAAAUACAUUUCCUAAGUAAAAUUAAUGGAUUAAAUGUGGGAGAUGAGGGAAAGGGAAAUCAAGGGUGAUGAUCGCCUUAGAUAAACCAAGCAACUGAAUGGGUUAUAGUAGAGAAGGCAGAGAACAGGUUAAGGAGAGAAGGAAAGGGGUUGGCUAGUUUUGAUAAUAAAUACAGUAAGUAUGAAGUCUGUGGGAUACAUCUAAGUGUGAGAUCAUUGAAUGUAUGAGUCUAGAACUCAGGACUGGAGAAAUCUGGAGUCAUGCAGAUGGUAUUUAAAACCAUGACAUUGUGGGAAAUUUCCUACGAAAAAUGUGUAGAUAGGGAAGAGAAGAGGACCUAGUACUGAGGCAGGAGGAAAACUGGGCUUUAUGUCAUUAAAGAACAAGUGUGUGACAAAAGAGAGGAGUUUAUGAAAUGCUGCAGAAUGCGUGAAAAAAUGUAGGCAAAUAGGUGGCCCUUAGAUGUAGCAAAGUGGAAGUCGUUGGUAACCUUAGCAAAAUAGUUUCACUGGAGUGGAGUUGUGCAGAUGGAAGCCCUAUUUCAGUGUAUUGGAGAGUGGGCAUCAUAGUAUAGGGGUGAGAAGAACUCUGGAGCAGAAUGUCUGGUUUUGAAUACUGCCGCUGCCACUUACCAGCUGUAUGAUAUUGGGUAAGUUACUUAACUCAGGGCUUCCAUUUCCUCAACUGUAAAAUUGGGAAAAUAAUGAAUGUAUAUUAAGGAAAUCUUAGACUACUGCCUGGUGCGUAAUUAGCAUUCAGUAGUUAUUAGGUGAACACAAAACUUAUAAAUGUUUUGGGUUGAAAUAGCUUUCCUUUAGGCGUUCAGUUUCAUAUCAGAUUUACUGCCGUAUCCCCCCGUCUUACCUAAAUGAGAAGACUGUAGCCACUUAGAGUGUAUGCUUGUAAUUUUUCUUUAGUCUUAAUAAAACAUUCCAUGUAUCAAAGCCUACUCUCGAUGGCUGUAGCACUGCAGUCAUUAUGUUGUCGUAAAUAAGGCACUGCUAGUAGAGCCUAGACACUGGGAAUUGUAAUUGGUCCUUUUCUAAUGUAUGUAGCUGUGGUAAAAUUGAGCCCUUAUCCAAGUUCUUGUCCUUUUAAUUGCAUUUCAGGUGGAUUCUUUUGUAUAAUUUAUAAAAGCUGAUCCCAGUUAUUUAAGAUCAGUGAUUUCUAACCUUGGUUUUGUGAAAUGUUAUGAUCUGUUAUCUAAAAGGAUUUUUUAUUUUUUUAUUUUUUUUUUGCUUUAACAUUGUGAUUACCAAACUACUCUGUUUGAGAGAGGAACAUACAGAGGACCAAGGCUGUGAUGCAGAUCCAUCUGCCCUAGCAAAAUAUGUUCUGGCUUUGGUAAAGAAAGACAAAAGUGAAAAAGAGUUAAAGGCAUUAUGUAUUGAUCAGCUGGAUGUAUUUCUUCAGAAAGAGACACAGAUAUUUGUGGAAAAACUUUUUGAUGCUGUGAAUACAAAGAGUUACCUACCUCCUCCAGAGCAGCCAUCAUCAGGAAGCCUGAAGGUUGAAUUUUUCCCGCACCAAGAAAAAGAUAUAAAGAAAGAAGAGAUCACUAAGGAGGAAGAGCGAGAGAAGAAGUUUUCUAGAAGGCUAAAUCACAGUCCUCCACAGUCAAGCUCCCGAUACAGGGAAAAUAGAAGCCGUGAUGAGAGGAAAAAAGAUGAUCGUUCUCGCAAAAGAGAUUAUGAUCGAAACCCUCCUCGAAGAGAUUCAUACAGAGACCGGUACAAUAGAAGACGAGGGCGAAGUCGCAGUUACAGCAGAAGUCGAAGUCGAAGUUGGAGUAAAGAGAGGCUUCGUGAAAGGGACAGAGAUAGAAGCAGGACUAGAAGCAGAAGCAGAACACGAAGCAGGGAAAGGGAUCUGGUAAAACCUAAAUAUGACCUGGAUAGAACAGAUCCAUUAGAAAAUAAUUAUACUCCAGUCUCUUCGGUACCUAGUAUUUCAUCUGGCCACUACCCUGUACCUACUUUGAGCAGCACUAUUACAGUAAUUGCUCCUACUCAUCAUGGUAACAACACUACCGAAAGUUGGUCUGAAUUUCAUGAAGACCAGGUGGACCAUAACUCUUACGUAAGACCACCCAUGCCAAAGAAACGGUGUAGAGACUAUGAUGAAAAGGGUUUUUGUAUGAGAGGAGACAUGUGUCCUUUCGAUCAUGGAAGUGAUCCAGUGGUUGUAGAAGAUGUGAAUCUUCCUGGUAUGCUGCCUUUCCCAGCACAGCCUCCUGUUGUGGAAGGACCACCUCCUCCUGGACUCCCCCCACCUCCACCAAUUCUUACACCCCCACCUGUGAAUCUCAGGCCCCCAGUGCCACCUCCAGGUCCAUUGCCACCCAGUCUCCCACCUGUUACAGAUGAUAUUUCUUAUUCUUUGGUUUUGACAGGACCACCACCUCCACUUCCUCCUUUGCAGCCAUCUGGCAUGGAUGCUCCUCCAAACUCUGCAACCAGUUCUGUUCCUACUGUAGUAACAACUGGCAUUCAUCACCAGCCUCCUCCUGCUCCACCCUCUCUUUUUACUGCAGUUUUUGUAUUACCAGAUACGUAUGACACAGAUGGCUACAAUCCUGAAGCCCCAAGCAUAACAAACACUUCCAGACCUAUGUAUAGACACAGAGUGCACGCACAAAGGCCCAACUUGAUAGGACUAACAUCAGGGGAUAUGGAUUUGCCACCCAGAGAAAAGCCUCCUAAUAAAAGCAGUAUGAGGAUAGUAGUGGACUCAGAAUCAAGGAAAAGAACCAUUGGUUCUGGAGAGCCUGGAGUUCCUACAAAGAAGACUUGGUUUGAUAAACCAAAUUUUAAUAGAACAAACAGCCCAGGCUUUCAGAAGAAGGUUCAAUUUGGAAAUGAAAAUACCAAACUUGAACUUAGAAAAGUUCCUCCAGAAUUAAAUAAUAUCAGCAAACUUAAUGAACAUUUUAGUCGAUUUGGAACCUUGGUUAACUUACAGGUUGCUUAUAAUGGUGAUCCUGAAGGUGCCCUUAUCCAAUUUGCAACAUACGAAGAAGCAAAGAAAGCAAUAUCAAGUACGGAGGCGGUAUUAAACAAUCGCUUUAUUAAGGUUUAUUGGCACAGAGAAGGAAGCACCCAGCAGUUACAAACUACUUCUCCAAAGGUAAUACAGCCUUUAGUCCAGCAGCCCAUUUUGCCUGUUGUGAAGCAGUCAGUCAAAGAGCGACUGGGUCCAGUACCUUCAAAUACUAUUGAACCUGCAGAAGCCCAGAGUGCCACUUCAGACCUUCCUCAGAAUGUAACUAAGUUAUCUGUGAAGGACAGGUUGGGUUUUGUAUCAAAGCCAUCUGUUUCAGCAACUGAAAAGGUGUUGUCUACAUCUACUGGCCUAACAAAAACAGUUUAUAAUCCAGCUGCUUUGAAGGCUGCACAAAAAACCUUACUUGUUUCCACCUCUGCAGUUGAUAAUAAUGAAGCACAGAAAAAAAAACAGGAGGCAUUGAAACUUCAGCAGGAUGUAAGGAAAAGGAAACAAGAAAUUUUAGAAAAGCACAUUGAAACACAGAAGAUGUUAAUUUCAAAACUGGAGAAAAACAAAACAAUGAAGUCUGAAGAUAAAGCAGAAAUAAUGAAAACUUUAGAGGUUUUGACAAAAAAUAUUACCAAGUUGAAAGAUGAGGUCAAAGCUGCUUCUCCUGGGCGCUGUCUUCCAAAAAGUAUAAAAACCAAGACUCAGAUGCAGAAGGAAUUACUUGACACAGAACUGGAUUUAUAUAAGAAGAUGCAGGCUGGAGAAGAAGUCACUGAACUUAGGAGAAAGUAUACAGAAUUACAGCUGGAAGCUGCCAAGCGAGGGAUUCUUUCAUCUGGUCGGGGCAGAGGAAUUCAUUCAAGAGGUCGAGGUGCAGUUCAUGGCCGAGGCAGGGGGCGAGGGCGAGGACGAGGUGUGCCUGGUCAUGCUGUGGUGGAUCACCGUCCCAGGGCAUUGGAGAUUUCUGCAUUUACAGAGAGCGAUAGAGAAGAUCUUCUUCCUCAUUUUGCGCAAUAUGGUGAAAUUGAAGAUUGUCAGAUUGAUGAUUCUUCACUUCAUGCAGUAAUUACAUUCAAGACAAGAGCAGAAGCUGAAGCAGCUGCAGUUCAUGGAGCUCGUUUCAAAGGGCAAGAUCUAAAACUGGCAUGGAAUAAACCAGUAACUAAUAUUUCAGCUGUUGAAACAGAAGAAGUUGAGCCUGAUGAAGAAGAAUUUCAGGAAGAGUCUUUGGUGGAUGACUCAUUACUUCAAGAUGAUGAUGAAGAAGAAGAGGACAAUGAAUCUCGUUCUUGGAGAAGAUGAUUUGACUGAUCAUUGAUCUACAUAUGCUAGAACUCUACCUGUGUUUCAUUAGUAUUAUCUAAUGUACUUUUACAUAUUUGUAAAAACAAUUUUUGGUAAAAUGUGAUGAAGAUGGAUUUCACAAAUAGACAAAAAAGAAGAAAACUACCUUCUGAUCUUGUAUUUUGAAAGAUUGAUGUUUGCAUUUUAUUUCAGUAAACAAUUGCUAAAGACAUCACACUAGAAACAUAUGCAAUGUUUUUAUCACAUACUUCUACUGGACAUUACAGAAUUCUUUGGGUUCUUUGUAAUUUAAUGAAUAGGUCUGAAAACUUAUGACCAAUACUUGUUAUAACUUAGAGGAUUUUGUUUUAUUCCAAAUAAGGAAUGAAUUUGCAUUUAAAAUCUUAAUGAAUGUUUUCAAAACUGAAUAGAUAACAUAGUACUCUAACUAAAGUCUCCAAGUCAUGUAUUAUAAUAUUACAUAGUAGUAUGCUUAGGCUUUACUAUGUAUUAGCCUUUUGUUGGACUGUGUAUGUAUUUUACCAUAUGGGUUUUAAUGAUGGUGUAUGACUGCUUUACAUGAGUCCUUAUGCAUCCGGAUGUUAUAAUAAAGUGGAAUGGUCUCUUAAAAAAAAAAAAAAAGAAAAGAAAAAAGAAAAAAAAAAAGUUUUUUUUUUUUAAAAAAAAAAAAAAAAAAAAAGCCAAGACAAUGUUCCUUGAUUUAAAAAAAGAAAAGAAAAGAAAAAACAAAAGAAAAAACUUAAAAUAGACCAUUCCAGAUGGUGAUCUACCCUUCCCCCCAAUUAUCACAAAAGGAGCUAUAAUCACUAAUUUAUUCUUAAUAAUAAUGGUUACUGGUACCCUUACAAUAAUGUACAAUCCAAUGUUUAAAAAUUAUACCACUUGAGUUUGGUUUGAUCCUAUAAAUUUUCAACAAAUGUCUUAAAAUUUAAAAGCAGGCUGAUUAGUUUGGAACCAGACUACAAGUAGAGCUAACAUUUGGUGAAUAAGAAAACAUCACAUUACAUUUUGGAUGUAUGAAAGAAAACUUGACCAUUUGAAGAUAAAUGAAUAAAGAAAUGUACUAUAGAUACUACUUUAGGAAAACACUGUUUGUAGUCGUGAAAGGUGCCAAAUUGGCAGAGGCUCACGUUUCUUCUCUUUACACCAAACAGCAGAGAGAGAUCAUCAUUGCCUGAAUUCCCUUAGCUUUGUGACUGCAAGAGCAAGACCAGUUCCUGUCUGGAGACGACUGUUACAAUAAUAUCAUCCUAUUAUUUUAUGUUCACUCUUUAUCAAUUUGAACAGAUGUUUACAUGUACUAUAAUUAGCAUUUUAUCUCUACAGUUCUCUAAGAGUACAUCUGAGUUCAAAGUGUAUCUGAAUGUGUGCUCUGACCUUAUUCUUAAAUGUUUUCUCCCCGUACUUUAUAGCCAUUUAUUUUUUAAACACCUUAAGAAGGAAUGAAAAAGUUCUCUUGGAUGACGUAUAUUCAGUCUGAGCCAAAUUGAGGAUUGUGUCUAGGAAAUCUGUAAAGCCAUAUACUACUGUGUUCAUUAGCAUGAACAAUUUAAAAUGAAAAUGAAUUAAAAAGUUAAACAUGAGUUUGGUUUUAAUUUUGGGGGGAUCUUAAGAUGUAUUUCUGGGAGUAGGAUAGCCACUUAAAAUAAUUUUGAAUAGAUGAUAAAGUACUUUUUUAUGUACUGUAAUAGCUUGUGCAUUUCUUCUGACUAUACUUUCUGAUGAUGUUGCCAAGGUGAUUUACCCAAAUAUUUUAAAAAUUCUUAACUCUUCAAAGCCAACAAAAUAGUUUUCUUCCAAGUGACAAAUGAUAAUCUGUAGAUUACAAGUCUUUUAAAACUUAUUGUAUGUUUUAACAUAAUUUUUUCACAUUUUUUGGACUUUUCAAUCAAGACAUCAAAGACGACCUUUAAAGCAAGAGGAAAUAGUGUCGUGUGCCUAAAAUUGGUAAAGACUAGUUUUUACCCAUUUUAAGAAGUGUAUGUCCAAAUUAUUUAUAAGCAGUAUGGCUUAAUAUGGCUUAGAAUUACUUAUAAAGAAUAUGAUUAAAUCUCAUCCUAAAUAUGUACCCACAAUAUCCUUUCUAUAAUGGGCACCAUAAGAAAUGUUUUCACUUAGUUUCUGAGUAUUCCUUCACAGAUUCUCAGGAGGCAUUUAAAAAGUUGGAAGCUAUACUGGUAGUAGCUAUAUUAGAAAAGUCCAAUUUACACUGAUUUUUAUUCACCCUCAUUUUUAUUUUUAUCCAGUCAUACUACCUUUAUCACCUUUUUUUUUUUUUUUUUUUUUUUGGUGCAAAGCUGAAUAUUCUGCAAAUUUUUUUUCCCCUUGAGUAUGCAUUGCAUUUGUCAUGAAAAAUAAAAAGAAUGUAAUAAACACAUCAGUCAUAAUGUAAAUUAUCUGUUUUGAUCCACAUUGGUUGGACACAGCAUGGUUAAUUCUAGGCUUGGUUAAAGAAAAUACAUCAUUUAGAAAGUCUUCUAAUAUUUUAAGGACCUGGUAGCUUACAAGGCACUUUUUUUUUUUUUUUUUAAUUGUUAAGACUUUUGGUUCACAUUUGCAAACUAGCCACAGGGUGUUCAUUAAUAUUUUCCCAAAAUAGUUGAGUAUUUUUAAUUUUGAACAAAGAAUUUUCUGCCCUACUACAGUGGCUUACUGCUAGAGUAAAGACUAUUGUCUGAAGACACUAUACUUGGUGUUAACAGUGUUGAUUGCUUAAUGGAUAUGGACCACAUGCCACUACCUGUAGCUUUGUCAUCCUGGUGUUUUUGUUUGGUUGGGUUUGGUUUUUCAUUUUUUGCUUUUAAAAUUAAAAACAAAGCAAAACAAAAUUGAAGAUACCGUUGAGAAUCAGAAGUCAAGAUGACUUAACUCUCACGAAGAUCACUGCGCUUUUUGAAAAUUGCUGUGAGAUCUAGUCAGUUACAUAUUUAAAAUCCCCAUAUGUUGAUUAAUUAAAGAUAAGGUUUUCAUUAUUUUAUUUUCCUAAGUAGGAUUCUCAUGGAGCUAUUGUAGAUAACUGUACAGAACCACUUUUGUGUAAUUGAAUGAAACAGUUUCCUCUGCAUGAUUGCAUAAUGAAAGCCUUUUAUAUAUCUUUAUAUUUUUCAAUAUACUUAGAUUUUACACUAUUAAGCUGCUCUAGUCAUGCUAUAUUUGUUUUUUUAAAAAUAGAGUUUAUAAAUAUUUAUGCUCAAAAUACAGAUCAACUGAAUAUUUUUGGUCUUGUUUACAAGAUAAAUCAUACUUUAAAAUGAUACAGGCCCCUCAAGUGUCUUAGGAAAAAGUCAUUGGUGCUAUAAAAGCUUUCAAUAUCAUUUUUGAACCCAUUGUUCAGACUCUGCUAGGUUUUAAUCUGAUUGCUUGUGAUUUUUGAUAAUGUAGCAGCAGCAUAAUUAUCAAAGUGGUCUCUGAUGUGUGGAUAAAGAGCUCAGCCCAUUAGAAACACUUUGUAAUUUAAGAAUAUGAUGCAGAAUGACCUUACAUUUACUUGUGCCCAGCUUCCCAAAAAGAAAAUUGUUUUGUUAAGAGGAAGGCAGUUAAUUUGGCUAGAAUCCAAAAACUCAUUCAGCAUGGCUGUUUUUCCCUUAUUUCAAAUGAAAAACUUUUCUAAUACUAAAAUACGUAAUCCUGCUUUGCUUUAAAUUCCCAUAUCCAUCACUCAAGAGGAGGCAUAGUGAUUCUUAAAUAUUCAUAGAAUAUUUGGUGAGUUGUAAAGAGAUGUGUUAUUGCAUUGUAGGUUUUUGCAUUGAUGUGUCGAUUUUUUUGUUUUGUCCCCAAGAUUUCCUUCCAGCACCUUAAUGAAUGUUCACAUGAUAGAAUGUUUUAAGUAUCAGCAAAGCAUUCAUGGAUGCCUGCUUUUCAUUCUCAGAAGGUUAAACCUGUUUUGGGUGUGAUGCUACUUCAGAACAUACUGUCUGGCACAAGAUUUCUUCUAAUGAGUGGUUUAUUUUAACUCAGUUUCUGUGGACUGUUGAAUUGAAAAACACCAAAGGAGUCUUCUUGUUUGGAGACUGGAUUGUUCCAGUGUUAAAUACCUGUGCCCAUAAGUAUCCCAUUUCAUGAAUGUGUGUUGGCAUGGGGAAAAAAUUUCCCUGCUCUUUGAGUGGAGCGAAAGCAAUUGGUUAAGCUGUAGCAGCUUUUUUGUUUAUUUUUUUAAAGUGAUAAUACAACUUGAACUGAAAAAAGAUAAAACUUGAACUAGAAAACUACUCUUGUAUGCUUAGAAUGUUUAUAGUAUUAAAUGUUUAUGUGGGGUUGUCAACAUUUUUAUUAUUUAUAGUUGAAUUAUGUUUUGUUAAAUCCAUAUUUAUUAUUUUUAUAUUUUGAAAAUUUUUAAAAUAAAAGUCUUACUAAAAACA